AUGCCACAAGUGAUAACAGGGCUGGUUUUCAUACGGCUUCUCUUGGCAUUUGGAGCAGCAGAGGAGGGAGCUGGUUUCUGUCAGAUACGGGGGAGCCCAGAGUUCCCUCUACUAUCUAAAGAGGGAGAUGUCAUGAUUGGUGGAGCCUUUUCCAUCCACAGCAAAAUCACACAACCUCCACUUUCCUUUACAGAGAAACCAACCCGUAUCACGUGUUCCAGUGUCAACCUCAGGGAGUUUCGAUUUGCCCAAACAAUGAUAUUUGCAAUUGAAGAAAUAAACAGAAUUGCAUUUCUCCUUCCCAAUGUUUCUAUGGGAUACCGUAUUUAUGACAACUGUGGCUCAACAUUAACUUCAAUGCGAGCAGUGAUGGCCCUGAUGAACGGUGAUGAAUGGAGUGUGGGACAGAGCUGCUCUGGUCAAUCAGCUGUUCAUGCUAUUAUUGGGGAGUCUGAGUCUUCUUCAACCAUUGUGCUGGCACGUACUACUGGACCCUUCAAAAUACCAGUGAUAAGUCAUUCAGCUACAUGUGAGUGUUUGAGCAACAAGAAGGAAUAUCCUUUUUUCUUUCGAACCAUUGCCAGCGAUCUCUACCAAAGCCAAGCCCUCGCCCAGUUGGUCAAGCAUUUUGGCUGGACUUGGGUCGGCGCAGUAAACAGUGACAGUGACUAUGGGAACAACGGCAUGGCCAUUUUUCUUGCUGCAGCUCAGGAGGAAGGAGUGUGUGUGGAGUACACAGAGAAAUUUCACAGAGCAGAACCUGAAAAACUCAUGAAAGUAGUUGAAGUGAUUAAAAAGAGCACUGCCCGGGUCAUUGUUGGCUUCCUUGCACAUGUAGAGAUGAACAACCUUCUGAAUCAGCUUAGCCUGCACAACAUCACAGGCCUGCAGUUUAUUGGUGUGGAAGCCUGGAUUACUGCUGACAGCCUUGUGACACCCACCAGCUUCAGUGUGCUGGGGGGUUCACUGGGUUUUGCCGUACAAAAGGCCAAUAUCAGUGGUAUGAAUGAUUUUUUGACCAAAGAUUUCUGGGAGACAGAGUUUGCAUGCAAGGAGACAAACAGGGAUACUAUGACAGAAACAGCACGUUGCAGAGAAAACCAGGAUUUGAUUAAGCUCAAAGAUUAUGAUGAUGAUGUGCAAGAGCUGAGAUAUUCUAGCAACAUCUACAAAGCUAUCUAUGCAGUGGCUCAUUCAUUGCACAGCAUCCUAAAGUGCUCCACAAGUCAGGGUUGCGACAAGAUUAUAAAUGUUACUCCCUGGCAGGUAGUGGAGGCAUUAAAGCAGGUCAAUUUUACCAUUAAGAACGGCGAUGAGGUGUGGUUUGACAGUACUGGAGCAGCUGUUGCCCGUUAUGAGGUGGUGAACUGGCAGCGUGAAUCAGAUGGCUCAGUCCAGUUUAAACCUGUAGGCUACUAUGAUGCCUCUCUACCUCCUGGACAGAAGUUUGUUCUCAACACUGAAGCCAUAAUGUGGCCUGGAGGAAAGAAAGAGUUGCCUGUGUCAAUGUGCAGUGAGAGCUGUCGUCCAGGAACUCAUAAAGUCCUUCAGAAAGGAAGACCAGUCUGUUGCUAUGACUGCAUACCAUGCGCAGAGGGAGAAAUCAGUAAUAGCACAGAUUCUAAUGACUGCAAAAAGUGUCCUGAAGAGUAUUGGUCCAAUCAAAACAGAGAUGCAUGUAUACUUAAAAAUGUUGAGUUCCUCUACUUCACUGAGGCUAUGGGCAUAAUACUUGUAUUUUUCACUUUGUUUGGUGUUCUCCUUACUUUAAUUGUAGCCACUUUAUUCUUGAUCAAUAAGGACACUCCCUUGGUGAGGGCCAACAACUCUGAGCUGAGCUUCCUGCUGCUUUUCUCCCUGACUCUGUGUUUCCUGUGUUCUCUGACCUUCAUUGGCCAGCCCUCUGAUUGGUCCUGCAUGUUGCGACACACUGCAUUUGGGAUCACCUUUGUCCUCUGUAUCUCUUGCAUUCUUGGGAAAACAAUAGUAGUCUUAAUGGCCUUUAAAGCCACACUUCCAGGCAGUAAUGUAAUGAAAUGGUUUGGGCCUGCACAGCAGAGGCUCAGUGUUCUGACGUUCACUCUUAUACAGGUUUUAAUUUGCAUACUUUGGUUGACAAUCAAUCCUCCCUUCCCCUUCAAAAAUAUGAAACUCUAUAAUGAGAAGAUUAUUCUUGAGUGUUCCCUAGGAUCACCUGUAGGUUUCUGGGCUGUGUUAGGAUACAUUGGACUGCUUGCUGUCCUAUGUUUUGUACUUGCUUUCUUGGCUAGAAAGUUACCUGAUAAUUUUAAUGAAGCUAAAUUUAUCACCUUCAGCAUGCUGAUAUUCUGUGCAGUCUGGAUCACAUUUAUCCCAGCAUAUGUCAGCUCUCCUGGGAAGUUCACUGUGGCUGUGGAGAUAUUUGCUAUUCUAGCCUCCAGUUAUGGAAUACUUUUUUGUAUAUUUGCACCAAAAUGCUUUAUCAUUGUAUUCAAACCUGAACUGAACACAAAGAAACAUCUGAUGGGGAAAACAUAG